UGUUCAGCAUGUCACGUGAUCAAAUUGUUUUUGCGUGAGUUGUCGAACGUAACAUUCCUACUUCCGCUUUAUUUUAACCGUAAUUUAUAAAUGGAGAGACCUCUCAACACAGACCAAAUUCAACACUUAAACGAUCGUUAUAGACAAUGGCGCAAUUGGAGCGGGUUUUGGCUCUUGGGAUUGUGCAACAACUUUGCAUAUGUGGUUAUGCUCAGUGCCGCUCAAGACAUCCUCACAAAACAAGAAUCCGGAAACGCCACCAUAUUUAACCCUUCUUUAAGUACAUUGGCUACGGAAUUUCAAGACGUGAAUCCUGGCAACGGCAGUCGCUAUGACUGCAAUUCUGUCUCAACAGCGGCUGUACUAUUAGCUGACAUACUUCCAACUCUCAUCAUUAAGAUGACUGCUCCGCUUGUUAUCCACAAAGUGCCUUAUGGAUUUCGAGUCUUGUUCUGCGUCACCAUGGCUGCAAUGAGUUUCCUUGUCGUUUCCUUCUCUUCCACUGUUUGGAUGAGCAUUAUAGGUGUGAUUUUUGCCAGUACCAGCGCAGGAUUUGGAGAGUUAUCCUUCCUUUCCCUGACGGUCUUCUACAGCAGGGAUGUACUUGGGGCCUGGGGUUCAGGGACUGGUGGCGCCGGUGUUUUGGGGGCCCUUCUUUAUGCAGGCCUGACUCAAGUUGGCCUUUCACCCCAAGUCACACUGUUAAUCAUGCUGACCAUUCCAUUCACCAUGCUAAUUAGCUAUUUUUUCCUGCUGCUUCCACCACCUUCAUUUCCUCAGUGGAAACACGAAGAAAGAGAUCACGGCAUCGAGACUUCUGAGGAAAGACAGCGGCUAAUGGUUGAAUCACAAGAAGAACAGGAAACAUGUAGCCAAGAGGACAGGAGGUCCGGAAUGCUCACUCUCACAGAAAAAAUGCACGUCUUAAAAGGUUUGAUGCCAUUUGUCUGUGCCUUGGGAUUAGUCUAUUUUGCCGAAUACUUCAUUAACCAAGGUUUGAUGGAGCUUUUGUAUUUCCGGAAUAUUUUCCUCACCCAUGCAGAGCAGUAUCGCUGGUAUCAGACAUCUUAUCAGGUUGGUGUGUUUGUAUCUCGAUCCUCGCUUUGCUGUAUCAAGAUCAGAAAACUCUGGGCCCUGGCUUUACUACAGGUGGUGAAUGCAGUGCUGCUCUUGUUGGAAGUGUCUUACCAAUUUCUGCCCAGUGCCUGGUUGGUGUUUGCCAUCAUCCUCUAUGAGGGUCUGCUGGGUGGAACUGCAUAUGUGAACACAUUCUACUUCAUUAGCAAAGAGACCGGAGACAGACAGAGGGAGUUUGCCAUGGCGGCAGCCAGCGUUGGAGACAGCAUGGGCAUAGCUUUGGCUGCAGUUGCUACUUUCCCCGUCCACAGAUACUUCUGUUCCCUCUGAUCCAGCCGACACACUGACGAACUCAAUAAAUAUCCCCGGUGAGCAUCAAUCGUCACAUUCACGCUAGAGGUAAGAUCGGGCCAAAAAAUCCAGCCCGACCUGACCCGGCCCGCGGGUAUUAAAGCCCGACUCGGCCCGAGCCCGACCAAUUAACU